AGUUGACUUCUGAAUGAAGGGUAUUGUGAUGUAAAUGUGUUGUUUAUGUCCCCACUUAACAUUGUGUCUUUCGGUUACUUUGACCGAAAGGUCGAAUAAGUGUGUUAUGUAAUUUAGGCCACGUGAUGAAACAAUACGUUAGAAGAAACCAAACAAUUGUCUGGAAAGCCAAUAAUAGUAAUAAGUUGAACCAUGGCAGACACCAGUUCAUCACCAUUGAAGCACUUUGUACAGGCUAAAAAGAAGAUUAACUCAAUCUUCGAUCAACUGUUGGAGUAUGUUAAUGAAGGAGCAAGCUUUAUUAAAGAAUCUCAUCAAAAUGAAGGAUUGGAGAAGAUAACAACGCAGCAGCAGCUGGCAGAAAUAGAAAUGUUUGCAACUAAAGUGGCUGGAAUCAGUGAGGUGCUGGCACGUAGACACAUGAAAGUGGCCUUUUUUGGGAGAACAAGUAAUGGGAAGAGUACAGUGAUCAACGCUAUGUUAUGGGACAAGGUACUGCCCAGCGGCAUUGGACACACAACCAACUGCUUCCUUAGUGUUGAAGGAACAGAUGGGGAGAAAGCCUAUUUGAUGACAGAGGACUCUGAGGAAAAGAAGAACGUUAAAACUGUGAACCAACUGGCACAUGCUCUGCAUCAGAAUGAAUACUUAGAUGCUGGUUGUCUAGUCCGUGUUUUUUGGCCAAAAUCGAAAUGUGCUCUUCUUCGAGAUGACUUGGUAUUGAUGGACAGCCCUGGUACUGAUGUCACCACAGAGCUGGAUAGCUGGAUUGACAAGUUUUGUCUGGAUGCUGAUGUCUUUGUAUUAGUAGCAAAUUCAGAAUCAACACUUAUGCAGACUGAGAAACAAUUUUUUCAUAAGGUUAACGAGCGACUUUCCAAGCCUAAUAUUUUUAUCUUGAAUAAUCGUUGGGAUGCUUCUGCUUCUGAGCCAGAGUACAUGGAUGAAGUACGUCAGCAACACACUGACCGCUGUGUUAGUUUCCUUGUUGAUGAGCUUGGUGUAGUCGAUUAUGCACAAGCUGAGAAUCGCAUAUUUUUUGUUUCUGCUAAGGAAGCUGUUAAUGCCAGAAUUCACAAAGCGCAAGGAAUGCCAGAAGGUGGUGGUGCGCUAGCAGAUGGAUUCCAGGCUAGGCUUUUUGAAUUUCAGAAUUUUGAGCGUCAAUUUGAGGAGUGUAUCUCGCAGUCAGCAGUGAAAACAAAAUUUGAACAACACACAAUCAGAGCUAAACAGAUCAUAGACACUGUGAAAAAAAUCAUGGAAUCCAUCAAUGUGGUUGCAGCAGAAAAGAGAGUCCUUUCCUUGGAGGAACGGGAGGACCACCUCGAUCGAUUGGAGUUUGUGCGUAGUCAGCUAACCUUGCUAACAGAGGACUGUAGGAAAAGCAUAAAACUCGUAACUGAAGAAGUAGAAGCCAAGGUUUCCACUGCAAUGACUGAUGAAAUCUGCCGUCUUUCUAUAUUGGUUGAUGAAUUUCAUGGAGACUUCCAUCCUUCUCCUGCAGUUUUAAAAUUUUAUAAAAAUGAUCUGCACAAGCACAUUGAAGAAGGACUAGGAAGGAACUUGGCUGAACGCUGCUCCAGUGCAGUCCAUGCUGCAUUGCAGACCGCACAGCUUCAAAUGAUAGGAAAUCUCAAGCCUUUGCUUCCAUUAAAUGUUCAGAAUCAAGUCAAUGCACUGCUCCCAUACCAUAAAUUUGACCUCAGCUAUGACCUGAACUGUGACAAAAUAUGUGCAGAUUUCCAAGAAAAUGUUGAAUUCCAUUUUUCACUUGGUUGGACUUCACUGGUCAGUCGUUUCCUGGGACCCAAGACUGCCCGUAGAGCUCUACUGGGACUUGGUGACCCAACUUUUCAGAUUCCUCGACCUUUGUCUACAACACCACCAGUGACAAAUGUACCUGCACUUGCUCAAGAAAACAUGGCACAGGAAGAGCUGAUGAUCUCUCUAGUCACUGGACUUGCUUCUCUGACAUCCAGGACUUCAGUGGGUGUUGUCAUUAUUGGAGGAGUGAUUUUCAGAGCUGUGGGCUGGAGGCUUAUAGCUAUUGCUCUAAGUCUCUAUGGUAUAUUGUACGUGUAUGAGCGUUUAACAUGGACAACAAAAGCAAAGGAGAGAGCUUUCAAGCGCCAGUUUGUGGACUAUGCCACAGAGAAAUUGCAGAUGGUUGUUAGUUUCACAAGUGCAAAUUGUAGCCAUCAAGUAAAUCAGGAAAUGACUAGUACCUUUGCUCGACUAUGCCAGCAGGUAGAUGUUACUGAGAAAAACUUAGAAGAGGCAAUAACCAGCCUUAAUAAAAAGAUUGCACUCCUAGAGUCUACACAAAACCGAUCAAAGCUGCUGAGAAACAAAGCAACAUGGCUGGAAAAUGAACUGGACAUAUUUACAAAACAGUACCUGCAGCCAAACCAGUGAAAAUUUGCUAAACCUAAAAUCUAAAUGUCUCAUAUAACCUCACUGAUGGGGAUUGUCACCAGUGUUGCCACAGUGCUGUUUGAAAAAUACAAACUUCCAGUCCCUUUUAUGUACAAUGACAUUUUUUCCAGGAUCCUUCUUUCAAUCCUCCAGAAAUCUAACCAGAUAUAGGAAAAGACACACACUAUUCAUUUAAAUUCACCCACUUCAAAAUAAGGCAUUGAUGACUGGGAUUAUUCAUAUCUUAAUAGAUGUAUUUAAUAUGGUGAGAAAAUUUAAAUAUGUAGCAUCAUAAUUUAGCAAAGGAUGUAAAUGCCACUGUUACAAAUACUGAGGAGUGUAAUUGAUAAGCAUUGUUUAAUAUCAAAUUGUGACAAUAUUUCAGUUGAAUUAAUUAAUUUAAAGAAAGGCAAUUAGCUAUUUGCAAUGCACCUAGGAAGGGAAUAAAAGAAAUAUUGUUAUUCUAUGCGGUACUGUAUGAUAAAAUGUACAUUUCCUGCUCAUUGUCUGGAUACAUGACCCACGCGUUGGUUAGCUGUAUAGGUGGAUAUACUAUCUAAUCAAAACACACAAACCUUUAGUCACAAAAAUUCUGACCUGUUUGAACCUUAAUUUCUCACUUAUGCAAAUUUACAUGUAAUUUUUUUUCAUGAUUUUACAAGCUUCUCCUUCUGCUAAAAUUAGUACUUGUCUUGAGAGAGUGUCCUUCCAUUAAACUGGGUUCUUAUAAACAUUUUUGAUACACAUAAAAAGAUGGUGCUGAAAAGAGUGUUGGCAAAGCUUUAUAUUUGUGGUUAUGACAACUGUAAGAAUGCCAAAUUGUAAAUGGACACCGUGAUUAUCCUGCAGGUGAAAAGAUUGCUUAUUGGUUGGCAAGUUGACUCUGACGAGGCAUGGAAUUCCCAUGAAAGAGCAAUGGGCUUUCCAAGCUCCUGCAUAAUUCAAAAAUUGCGUAGGCUUAUACAUCCUUUAGUUGCAUUGAGUGACUUCCUUCACAUGAAUGGGUUGUGUUGCUAUCAGGUGCAAUUGAACUACAUUGCAAGCUAAACUGUUUACUUUCAAUUAGUUAUUACAGUAGUUGAUAAUAUGUUCUGGUUUGUUCAGCAAGUGCUGUGCCAUCACAGGAUCAGAUUGAAUAGACUGUUUAUUUUGGAAGCACAGGUAGGCAGUCCUCAAACAGUAUUGAGCACCUAAGGAACAUGCUAGCAGAGUACAGACCUUGGUCAACCAGCCACACUUUCAAAAUCCGAAAUAUCUACUCUUAGGUGUGAUUCUGCUAAACAAUCCAGAAUGCACUAACUGCUACAGAAUCAAUUUAAAAUAAUCAUUCAAACUCAUAAGAUGGCUCAUUGAUACUGAUAGAAGUGAGAUGAAUUGUUUGGCCAAGGCAAUUUUUUGCAAACAAAAACAUUUGAGCCAUGGAUCUCCUAUGAGUUACGUAGAGAGAUGACUGGCAAGAACAUCCCGAUCAGUGCACUUCUCUCCAGCACUAUAAACUGUCAUGACAUUUGAAAAUUUACAUUCUUCAAUCAGUACAAGACAAAAAGCUUCAGCAACGCCUUUCUCUUUCCAGCAAUAAAUAGAUGUCCAGACCUAAAGUAAGUACAGUUUAUGAAUGAGGCUUCAUAUAAUCAAUCAUGUACCUAAUGACUGGAUAUUAUUGCAUAAGGCUAAGCAAUGAGGAUUAAACUAAAUCUUAUUUAAUUGGUAUUGACAUCAUAGAAACUUAAAUGUCCAUAAUGUUAUUGUUUGAGGGAUUCCCAAGAUGCUGCAAAUGUCCUAAUUUUGUAAAUAUGUUAAUAUAAUUUGUAUGUGAGAUAAAAGGAAAUUUAACUAUCAAAUACUGGAAAGAACUUUUGAAUUCAUUUGCAAACUAUUUUCAUGAAGACCACCUAGAGUCUGAGUAUCAUUCUGAUUAAGAACUUUUCAUUGAAACUUUAGAUGAAGCUCAGUCAAAGCUGGACCACAGUCUAAUACUAGAGCCUAAAUUUCACAUAUACAGCGUUGCCACUUCAGAUUACAAAUCAAAUUCCAACAUUACUCAGAUUAACAGAAGCAAUAUUUUUGAUGUGACAGUUUAAAUAAUUUAGAAAUGUCCUUUAAAAGUUCAAUUCUUUAGUCUUUGUUAAUAGCAUCACAAUCAGCAUAAAUGUGAAUCAUAACAUGCUGACUGCUUAUUGUAGAAUUGGCAUGUACUAGAUAUCAGACCUGUUUAUUGGGCAGUCUAAAGAAUAAGGUUAAAGACAAUAACAGCAAUGAAGAAAGAGUAAUGAGUUAUUGAUUCCAAAUAUUUACAUUUAGUAAAGUAGUCAUUCUAUCAACUUUGUCUUGUAUGGGUUCUUAAUAUUUUUGAAGUUUAUCUGCAGAUAUCUAAAGCUUAUUCAUAACACUUCUUUUGCAUCUAAAAAUAAAGCCACUAAACAUAGCCCAGAUAUUUUGAGUGAUCAGCAAACAACUGAUUAAACUGAAUUGUGCCAGUAAUUUCCAUGGAGGUUACUCCAACCUAAGCAUACAGAAAUGGUGUAAAUGGAUUUUUAUACCAUGAAUUUCCAUGUAAUACACUGAAAAUUCUAUCUUUUCUUGAUUAAGAACUGUAAACCUUAAAAUUUGAUCUUAGCACUGUGAAAUAUUUACACAGUAUAUCCUGCCCUUAAAAUAACUCACCAAGAUUAUUUUCAUUUAAAGGGUUGCACAUUUAUGUUAAAUGGGAGAGAGAUGAAUGAUGUUUACUAGACACACAUUAAUGAACACGUUUGUACAGUGUUAGAUUUGAUCUUAAAUUUUCUAACUCUUUGAACUGUUUUCCAAAUUUCUUGUCUCUCUUCCCCGUUACUAGAUCUAUCCACUGUGAAGGGUUAACCAAAUUUAUGAUCUUUGAGCUGUGUAUUUAAAGCAACUGUACAAUUUAAAUGUACAAAUAAAUU